GUAUGAAGCUCCCAGAAGGAGGAACAGCAUGGAAGAACCCCCUGAUCUCAGGUUGAUGUUGGUGGGACAUGACUGGGUGAAGAAUAACAAGGUUGGCAACACCCUGCUGGGCAAACAGGUGUUUGAGACUGAAGACCAAUCCAGUCCAAUGAAGAGUCACAAUGCAGUAUCCACUGGGUAUGUGCACUAUAAAUACAUUACGGUGGCCAGUCCAGCUGAUUUGUUCGCCUCAGACCUCUCAGAGUCCACUCUCAGGCAGAGGGUAAAGGAGUGCACAUCCCUGUGUCAUCCUGGACCUCAAGCCCUGGUGCUGGUGGUGGACACCAGUGAAUUCGGAGAACAGCAGAGAUGGAGAAUGGAAUGCAUCAUGGAUUUCUUCUCAGAUCAGGCGCAAAACCAUGCAAUUGUCUUCAUCAACAAAGGCGACAUAGUACCAGAGGACAUGGUGGUAGACAUUAGAAAUUGCAAAAAUAAGGACACUGAAAUGAUAAUCCACAGUUGUGGAGAAAGUCAUCACAUGUACACAAGAUGUCAGAAUAAGGCACUAAAGGCCAUAGAGGAGAUGGUUUCAAAGAAUGACUACAGUGCUCUAUCGUAUGAAGAUUUUCAAGACGCAAGAACUGACUCCUAUUAUUGUCCAAGACCACUCCAUUCUCCACCAAGGAGCAGCAUGGCUGCCGUCACUGGAAAGCUGCCAGGCCUCUGA